AUGGAUCCGGGCCCUGUGUUCGUGGCGAGCUCUUUUGGUCAGCAAGUUGAAGCAAGCGUGCCAGCACGCCGCUCACAAGCAUGCGGAGCGAGGGUAAGAUGCGAGACUUUUGAGACGUCGGCCUUGGCCUUUGGUGCCCUCUGCCUCUGCAGGAGCUGGCGGAGGGAUAGCCGGGAUAGCAGGAGACGGAGCCGCUGGGUCUCCCCCAGGCAGGCAGAGGCCUUUGACGGUGACGAUGAAGCCAAUCGGGAGGCUCGUGAGGCGAUCCGCCAGUGCCUGCGAGAGAAUCGUACGGUACCAGUGCUUCAGGCUCUGCCUGAGGACUCCCUGCAGCAGAUUUUGGAUGCCAUGACGAGGUUGGAGCUGCAGCCGGGAACUCACAUCUUUAAGCGAGGUGAGCCCGUGGAUGCUGUUUAUGUGGUGGAGUCGGGCGAGCUCAGUGUAUUCAAGCGCCUGCAUCAAGACGAUGAGGAGGAGAUUGAAGCCACAACGCUUGGAACCGGCUCCUACAUUGGUGAGUUGGGUUUGUUUUAUGAUCGCACCUGCAUGGAGUCUGUUUGUGUUCGUGGCAACCAACCUGCAGCUGUCUGGCAGCUUUGUCGAAAGGACUUCUUUGACAUCAUUGACCGUUUAGCAGAGAUGGAGGAUGAUCCGGGCUGUGAGGUUGAUCCUGAAAAGAUGGACGAAGAGCCGGCUGCCAUUUUUGCUGUGUCUGAUGGCUCUGGCUAUUCUGCAGGUGGGGCCGUGACACUGGCCCUGAAACAGUUUGAAUAUAGGUAUCGCAGCAACUGCCAGCGAGUUGGUACAACCACCUUCCCGUACAUCCGCUACCGAGGGGAGAUACUGGAGAUAACGCGUCGAGCCAGGGAGGAGAAUGCCUUGGUGGUCUACACGUUGAUGCGCGAGGAGCCUCGCGAAGCCAUCAUCGAAGAGCUGCAGCGCCCAACAAAGCCCGGCGAGAACGAGCUGCGUGCUGUGGACCUCUACGAGCCAUUGUUGGCCUCCAUGGAGGAGCUGCUAGGCAUCCCGAGGAAGUCCGAGGUGCGUUCGGCUCUGCGCUCGCGGCUCUCGGACGAGUGCAUCAACAUGGUGGAGGCCAUUGAGUUCACACGCAAGCUCGAUGAUGGCAUGCACCCGGAGAUGUGGAAAGAAGCAGACAUCGUCCUCAUCGGUCUGUCGCGGGCAGGCAAAACACCCCUAGCGUUUUUUUUGGCCCAGCGAGGUUUCAAAGUGGCCAACUACCCGGUCAUUCCUGGUGAAGAUCCUCCUGAGCACUUGUUUGAGCCUACCAUUCAGCACAAAUGCAUCGCGUUGACAAUCCAAGCUGAACGCUUGCAUGCCGUGCGCUCUGCGAGAAUGAAGGACUAUGGACGAGACGAGUCAAUGUAUGCCUCCAUUGAGAACUGCAAGAAGGAGGUAAAUUGGUUGAAGACCUUCUACAUGCGGCAAGGUCCACACUGGAAAGUGCUGGACACCACGAAUGGUGGUGUCGAGGAAACUGCUGCCAAAGUUCUCAAAGUCCUCCAGGAGUUGAAGGGCGUCAAGCAUGCUACCGGGCAGUUCGUUAACCCCUCCAUGGAGUAA